UUUAGGCGCUGUGGAUUUCCUACUGAAACCGUUCACCUCGUCCGAGUUGCUUAACCGUGUUAGAACCCGACUCCAUGCGCUGAAACAGAGGCACGGACUCGAGAAACAGGUGCGAGAUCGGACCUUUGAGCUUAAGGUGAUGCAGCAGCGCUACCAGCGCAUGAGUGAACUAUCCCCUGUGGCCAUCUUCGAAACAGAAGAUGUGGAUCAUGGUUUGAUUACUUAUGCUAACGAGCGAUUUUUUACACUCACUUGUUUGCCUCGCAAAUGCAUCAUAGGCCGAUUGGCGCCGGAACUUCAAGAGGCGGCUACCAGGGCUUGUCUCGAUGCUCCCAUCAUUAAUGGAGAACCGAUCCUGUUUGAUGCUGUAUUUGAAAACGGGAAGGACGCCUUUGUUGAGGUCAUAGCGCUCAGUGUUGGACGGCUAUUUGCCUCUUUCCUUUGCAAUUUACAAGCGUCCAGCGUAACCCUUUAGGCCAUCUACUCAGGAAAGGCGCCUAACAACUCCGCUGCCUCAGGCCUCAUGAUGCAUCUGACUGCUCUGUAAAGCAUUCCUUGCACACUCGUCUCCCAACUUCAUAUAGUGUGACUUCCGUCAAUAUUGGUUGAAGAUUCGCCCCUUGUCCUCGA